CUUCUCCAAUUGCCUUUUCACUUCGCACGGCAUUAGUUUUCAUCUAUGCCAGUGUUAAUUUAUAAUAUAAAACCUGUUAGAUUAGUGAAAAUUACGGGCUUUUGACUUUUCUGUUUCUUGUUUACAGUUCAGGGAACGAAGAAGAAGAGCAAUAAUAAUGGGAGGAUUUUGCAGCGAGGACCUAUCAUUUUCGUCAAAUUACAGCUUCUCGAGCUCUCAAGAUCUGAGAUUGUCCAAGCGCGUCCAUGACAAUGUUCAUAACAGCAUUUAUCUCGACCCACUCGUCUUGAAAUUCAUCGACACUGAGCAAUUUCAGAGGCUGCGUGAUCUUAAGCAACUAGGGAUGGUCCAUAUGGUUUAUCCAGGAGCUGUUCAUUCUAGGUUUGAGCAUUCCCUUGGAGUUUACUGGCUAGCUGGUGAAGUGGUUCAUAGACUUAAAGUCCAACAAGGGUCAGAACUCGGUAUCGAUCAGUUUGAUAUGCAAACUGUGAAACUUGCAGGGCUCCUGCAUGACAUAGGUCAUGGGCCAUAUAGUCAUUUGUUUGAGCGUGAGUUUCUUCCCAAGGUUCUCAAUUCAUCAGAAUGGUCUCAUGAGCAAAUGUCUGUAAAGAUGGUGGAUCAUAUUGUCGAUGAGCAUAAUAUUGAUAUUGAUGUUGAGACCGUGAGUAGAGUCAAGGAAAUGAUACUUGCAAGUUCAAAAUAUGCUACAAUCAAAAGCUCGAAAGAAAAGCGAUUUCUGUAUGAUAUUGUGGCAAAUGGUCGAAAUGGCAUUGAUGUUGACAAGUUUGAUUACAUUAUCCGUGAUUCACGAGCUUGUGGUGUGGGAUGCAACUUUGAGUAUUCAAGGUUGUUGUCAAAUUUGCUUUACGAUUCAUUUCAUCUGUUAAUGCAGAGUAUGAGGGUUAUGGGAGAUGAAAUAUGCUACCGCUACAAAGAACAUCGAACCAUCCACAAGUUGUUUGCCACACGAGCUGAUUUGUUCAGAACCGUUUAUACUCAUGCAAAAGUAAAGGCUAUAGAUCUGAUGCUUGUAGAUGCAUUAAUCAGUGCAAAUAGUUAUUUGGAAAUAGCAUCUGACAUACAGGAUCCUUCAAAAUAUUGGAAGUUAGAUGACACUAUCAUCAAGACCAUCGAGACAACACCUGGCCAAGAACUCAAGGAAGCUAGGGACUUAAUCCUUCGCAUACGCAGGAGAGAUUUAUACCAGUACUGUAAUGAGUAUGCUGUUCCAAAAGACAAAUUGGAGAAUUUUAAGAAUGUCACGGCGCAAGAUAUUGUUUGCUCACAGAAAAAUGGUGGAGUGACACUCAGAGAAGAGGAUGUUGUGGUAAGCAAUGUUCGGAUUGAUUUGGCUCGUGGGAGGCAUAAUCCUCUCGAGAGCGUCAUGUUUUUCCAGGAUUACGAUUGUGAGGAUAAGUUCCCUAUAAGUGACAAUCAAGUGAGUCACCUGCUUCCGACAUCUUACCAAGACAUGAUUGUGCGAGUGUACUCCAAAAAGCCUGAACUGGUUGGAGUGAUUUCUGAUGCUUUCGAGAAUUUCCAGUUGAAGGCAUAUGGGAUCAAAGCGCAAGUACAUUCCACGCCGGAAAAGAAAAAACGAGCUGGAAAAUAACUGCUCAUCAUUGAUUUUACACAUCAACUAAUUCAGUAAUGCAUUGCAAUUGCAUUUUCUGCUGUAUGUUAUGUAUAUAAUGGAUUCUAUAUAUGUGCAUAUAUAUGAUAUGUCAUACGUAUAUUUGGUGUGCAUUUGUAUAUUACAAGCUUGCUCUCGUGACGGUUUUAUUUGGUUUUCAAGUGAAAUAUAAUUGGUUUGGUCAUUGGUG